GCUACUUGAUGAGCCCUCCGUGACAAUUUGUCCAGUCAUGUUGAAGCAGGAGGAGGAUGAAGCUGCACACACUUUUUUUAAUGGAUGCCAUGUUUCUAUCACAUGUGGUGACUUUUGACUUUUUUUAGCAAUGCAGAUGCCAGAAUGAAACUUUAGUCAACACGGUGAAGUUGUUUUUUUCACGAAAAUGACCAGCCCCUCCAGGAGCCUGGGUGACUCGAAAGGCAUCAACGAGAGUCCAAGUCACAAACCUGAGCCUCCUCGCUACCGGAGCUGGAGCAGCCUCCGCUUCUCCCACUGGAGAAGUGGCUCCCAGAAGGCCAGCUGCCCCGGGACGCCCUCCCCGAAGACGGACAAGCGGAGCGACGUGAGCAGGACACUCUUCUCCCUGGUCAAGACUCACAAUGACGACUACACGGCAGACCCCGGCGGCCUGCUGGACGUCAGCGGUGAAGAUGAUGGUGUUGGUGGUGACGAUCUAGACCUGGACCAGUCCAACUACUUCCAGAAACAGUUUGGCUCUUUGCUGCAGCCCGGCGUCAACAAGUUCUCGCUGCGCGUGUUUGGAAGCCACAAGGGCGUUGCUGCAGAACAGGCCAGGGUCAAGUCCUUUGGAGUGUGGAUCAUUCACCCCUACAGUGACUUCAGGUUCUACUGGGAUCUUGUGAUGCUCCUGCUGAUGAUGAGUAAUCUGGUGCUAUUGCCGUGGGGCAUCACCUUCUUCGAGGACCAGAACACCACCCCGUGGAUCACCUUCAAUGUCCUCUCCGACACGCUCUUCCUCCUGGACCUGAUCUUCAACUUCCGCACGGGCAUCCUGGGCGAGGACAGCCACAUCGUGCUGGACCCCAAGCAGAUCCGCCUGCACUACCUGCGCUCCUGGUUCCUGGUGGACUUCAUCUCAUCCAUCCCCGUCGACUACAUCUUCCUGGUGGUGGACCUGGAAACCCUGCACGACUCGUCCGACGUGUAUCGCACUGCCCGCGCCCUGCGCAUCGUGCGCUUCACCAAAAUCCUCAGCUUGCUGCGCCUCCUCCGCCUGUCUCGCCUCAUUCGCUACAUCCACCAGUGGGAGGAGAUGUUCCACAUGACCUAUGACCUGGCCAGCGCCGUGGUGCGCAUCGUCAACUUGAUCGGCAUGAUGCUUCUUCUGUGCCACUGGGACGGCUGCUUGACCUUCAUGGUGCCCAUGCUGCAAGACUUCCCUGCAGACUGCUGGGUCUCCAAAAAUAACAUGGUGAAUUCUACCUGGCACAUGCAGUACUCUUACGCCCUGUUCAUGGCCAUGAGUCACAUGCUGUGCAUCGGGUACGGCGCCCACCCGCCGGAGGGCAUGAGCGAUGUUUGGCUGACCAUGAUCAGCAUGGUGGUGGGGGCCACCUGCUACGCCAUGUUCCUGGGCCACGCCACCAACCUGGUGCAGUCCUUGGACGCCUCGCAUCGACAAUAUCAGGAGAAGUAUAAGCAAGUGGAGCAGUACAUGUCGUUCCAUAAGCUGCCUGCUGAUGUCAGGCAGAGGAUUCAUGACUAUUACGAGCAGAGAUUCCAAGGCAAGAUGUUCGAUGAGGACAGCAUCUUGGGAGAGCUCAGUGAUCCGCUGAAAGAGGAAAUCGUCAGCUACAACUGCCGAGGCCUGGUGGCCAACAUGCCCCUCUUUGCCAACACCGACCCUCAUUUCGUGACCGUCAUCCUGACCAAGCUGCGCUUUGAAGUCUUCCAACCCAGAGAUUUCAUCAUCAGGGAGGGAACGCUGGGUCGCAAAAUGUACUUCAUCCAGCACGGCGCCGUCGUUGUCACCCCACGGGGUAGCAAAGAAAUAAGACUGAGCGACGGAGCGUAUUUUGGAGAGAUCUGCUUGCUGACUCAGGGGCGACGCACAGCCAGUGUGAUGGCGGAAACCUACUGUCGGCUUUACUCUUUGAGCGUGGACAGCUUCAACGAGGUGCUGGAGGAGCACCCGCUCAUGAGGAGGGCUUUCGAGAGCGUGGCUGUGGACCGACUGGGCCGCGUCGCCAGGAGGUCCAGCUAUCAGCCUCCCGAGUGAAUCCCUUUCUCCAAAAAUGUGGAGGUUCAAAUACCAUGAGUUGACUUUAUUUUGGUUUCUCUUGUGUUCUGGCAACUCUUGGUAUACUCCCCACGUUAGAUCUGUACAUUUCCUAUGCAACUCUUUGCAGAUACAUUUUUUUUUCAUGUACAGCUUUAAAAAAAACCUCUUUCUAAGACUUUACUGUCUAUCACGCAGGAUGUUGGCAAAUGUUCUACGUAGCUGCAAUAAUCUGUAGGUUUAUCACGAUUAAUGUUCACAAAGGAUAAGCUGCAGUUAUGCAAUAACGCCCAACUGUACAGUGACAGAUGUACACACAUUGCACCGCUGAGGUUGUUUCAGGACAAAAUAGACCGCUUGUGGACUUUUAAUAUUCAGUAUUAUUGUGUUAUAUAUAUUUUUUGAAAUACUAAAUGCAGUUUCUGACACAUUUUUGACCUGUCAAAGAAUAAAAUACAUGAACGUAUUCA